UUUUUUUUUUUUUGCCUUUAGGCCUUUACUCUUGCUAUUCCAUCGCCAGAAAGACUCCCUGGGGCAGGCGCCACCUCUGGUUCCCAGUUUCCUCUGUUCAACUUAACCCCCAGUCUGACUACUCUGGCUUGUGGUUCUGAUUAUGUGUGACCCUCCUUCCUUUGAUUCGAGGGCCAGGGAGGCAGAGGCCGAGUAUGUUCACUGAAGAAACCACAGUGCCCAGGGCCUGACAUAAAAGAGAGCAAUAAAUAUUUAUCUUGGUUGUGGGGUGAGGGUUGAUAAGGGUCAGUAAGGGUCUUGUCCCUUGUGCCACCUCUCCGGAUGCAAACUAAUCCUGACUAAUCUAAACUCACGCUACCCACUUCGCGCUAGUCCACAGCCCCUGUGCGCAUGCGCUACGGUCAGGCGCAGCGCCCCCCACCCCCUAUGCUCCGCAUAUGCUGAUCACUGCGCUCCGGAGUAAGGCCCCUCAGGAGAAUAUGCAAAUCAACCUUGCCAGCGCCAGAGGCCUCCCCUGGUCCCGUGCUAAGAUUAUGCAAAUGAGCAAGCCUCAGGUCCAGGAUCCUGGCCGAGCUGGCAGCCCCCCACCCGCAGAAAAUCCCAUUUUGCGCCUUAGGCGCGUUCAGGCUCGCUCACGCAGGCGCGAGGCUUGCAGCUUCUAGUUCCGUCCGGCAGCGGACUGUACCAAGUAAGCCCGGACAGCGAGGGGCAAAGCCCAGAACCCUCGGCGCGAGGUUCGUCGAUUGCCCAACUCAGAAAGCCCCUCUUCCCACUGUGCGACAGGAAUGGUCUAUCUCGCCGCGCAAGCGCCCUAGGCUCUUCACGCCCCUUGCACGCCCUCCUACCCACUUGCGGCGCAGGCGCAAAGCCUGGGCGUGCAGCCGCUGCCGCCGAGCCGGAGCUGGGGGCCGCCAGCGCGGCAUCCCUCUCUACCUGCCGACAUCCUGCCUUUGAGGACUUGUGGCCAAGGUGUGGCUGUGGAAAGCUGGCCGGGAGGGACACUGCUCAGCUGCUGCUCUGCUCCUGUCUCCCAUCCCCUCCCCUGGCCAUGACAGAGACCCGUGAGCCUGCUGAGACUGGGGGCUACGCCAGCUUGGAAGAAGAUGAUGAGGACCUCUCUCCAGGCCCCGAGCAUUCCUCUGACUCCGAAUACACUCUCUCUGAGCCGGACUCCGAAGAGGAUGAGGAGGAGGAGGAGGAGGAAGAGGAGACCACUGAUGAUCCUGAAUAUGACCCUGGCUACAAGGUGAAGCAGCGCCUGGGGGGGGGCCGGGGGGGCCCAUCCCGCCGGGCCCCCCGCGCAGCCCAGCUCCCGGGCCCCCCAGCCCAGCCCUGCCAGCUCUGUGGCCGUUCACCCCUUGGGGAGGCCCCGCCAGGCACCCCACCUUGCCGGCUCUGCGGCCCCGCUACAGCCCCCCAGGAAGCGCCAGCCCCUGACAGCAGGGCUCUCGGGGAGGAAGCGGAGGAGCCACCUCGGGCUGGGGAGGGCCGGCCAACCGGGAGGGAGGAGGAGGAGGAAGAGGAGGAGGAGGAGGGCACCUACCACUGUACGGAGUGCGAGGAUUCCUUCGACAACCUGGGGGAGCUGCAUGGGCACUUCAUGCUGCAUGCCCGGGGUGAGGUGUAGGCAGAGCCCCCCCCAGGGAGCUUGCAGGGGGGUGGGGUGGGGGUGGGAGGAGGGGUGGAGGACAUUGGGUGGUCCCAGUAGUCCUGGGGACGGGGUGCCGCCGAUCUGUGUUGUCUUAGCAGUAGAUGUGUGAAGGCCAGAAUAAAAGCCGAAUUCUGUGUG